AUGGCUUCUUUUGUGGAAGAGCUAUGGUCCAGCGUCUUCACGCCGGGCCCCACUCCGACACUGUUGAUCGCGACCAACGUCAGCUUCGCCGCCCUCCAGCUCGUUCUCUUCAUCCUCCUCCUUGCAACGUACAGCGUACACUUCGUCGCGCUGUCCGUCAUAUCCGCGGGCUUGUGGUACUCGAUCAACUGGUUCGCGCAGGAAGUGCGCGCCGCCCAACUAGCUCAGGAAGCAGAGGAGAAGAAGAAGGGCCCCGCGACCGACAGGAACAAGGAUUCCGUGGAGGGCGACAGCGACACAGAGACCGAAACCUUCGGCAAGCCUUCAGCCGUCGCCACCGGCAGUGCAUCUUCGUCACGACUACAGCCCACCGAACGCGAUCCCAAGAAGCGGCCCAGCUCGGGCGGCGAUAGCUCUGGCUACGGAAGCACCGACAGCGAAUGGGAGAAAGUCGAGGAUAAACAGGCGUGA